AUGGCAACUUCAAGUAAUACGGCGACAGACGCGCCCGCGGCUUCGAAACGCGCGUCGUCACGCGUGCGAAAGCAGCCCCAGCAUUACACGUCGAGCCCAUUCUCCAGCAAUAGCAAACGAAAGCGCGGCGAUGAUGAGCCAGCAGACGCCAACGAAGAUGUUGAUAUGGAUGAUGAGGAGGAGUCUGAGGAGGAGGAAGAUCCAGAAGAUAACGCGCCUGCAGAAGAGGAAAUCCGUGCGCAGAAGCGAGCGCGCAAGCCCAAAAGCAGCGCACCUAAGAAGCCGGCUCAGAAGAAACCAAAGGUUAAUGGAGUCACUCUCCCGAUCCGUCCAGUGACCAAAGGAGCAGGCAAAAGGGCACCCGCCAAGAAACGCGCUCCAAAGAAGGCAAUGGCUGUGAACACUGCAGACGCUGAAGCGGCUGGCGGCCUCUACGCCGAGCUCUUCGCGCAUGGCAAGGCUUUCGAGGAAGUCGUGGACCAGUGGCUGCAAGCAUUCGAAGCGCAUGAGUCUCGUGCCUUGGCUGAUAUCAUCAACUUCAUGUUGAAGGCAGCUGGCUGUGAUGGCAAGGUUACAGAGGAUGACAUUGAGGACCCAGACAACGCUACGCCGCGGCUAUCAGAUCUCCAGGAGGAACACAAGGCCACCCAGCCAACGGACUAUCCGCUGAUCGCGAAGGGCAAAAACGCGGGUGCCGCGUUCAAAGCCACCAUCUCGACUUUCAUGCAAGUGCUCAUCAAGUCAAUGGCGGCUAAAGGUUUGCUUAGCGAACCUGAGCUUAUGGAGAAUAUGCAAAUUUGGCUGCCGGUUAUGGCCUCUGCUACGGAUCGCCCGUUUCGACACACGGCGACAGUCUGCUCGCUGAGUAUCAACACAGCGCUUUGUGAGAUCGCUAGCGAGCUUGCGACCAAAUCAGCGGACAACCAACGACAUGCCGAUGCUGAGAGCAAGAGACCGAAGCCAAACAAGGAGCGUGUGAAGCAAAUUGAACAGAAAGCCAAAGAGGCCAGUCAUCAGUUGGAGAGAGUACGAGGAUACAUCAAGGACUGGUUCGAGACUGUCUUCAUUCACCGGUAUCGCGAUGUUGAUCCUCUCAUACGCCGCGACUGCGUAGAAGCGCUCGGAGAUUGGAUACUGUCUCUGCCUGACGAGUUCUUUGACGGCCAUCACCUUCGAUACCUUGGGUGGCAACUGAGCGACGAAAAUGCAGCAGUCCGACUGGAAGAUGUCAAGCAGCUACGUCGGCUAUACGAUGAUAGCGACAAGAUUGGAGGCUUGAGAACAUUUACCGAACGCUUUCGCUCACGGAUGGUGGAGAUUGGCACGUCUGAUGCCGACACUGGUGUCCGUGUGGCCGGCCUCGAGCUGCUCGAUGUACUUCGCGCGAACGACCUGCUUGAGCCCGAUGACAUCGACGCCAUUGGACGCCUAGUCUUCCACGAGGACAAUAAGGUCCGCGUGGCCGUUGCCGGCUUCUUCUCCGCCAACGUGAACGAUCUUUACAAUGCAAGGGUCGACGAACUUGGCGGAUUCGAGUCUCUCGAAGAAGCCAUCCCUGACCCCGGGGAAGGCAAUUUCGAAGCACCGAGAGUUGAAUGGCUCCGCUUCAAGUCACUCGCCGAAUCGCUGCAAGCUUAUGACCAGGACGACACUCUGCCAAGCCAUGUCGAGCGCAGUAAAAACGACGGAAGCCUCGUACUCCAUGCUGCAGGAGUCGACUCGCGAUUCACGCUUGCCGUAGAUGUGCUCUACGACAAGAUUGACGAUCUCCACGAUUGGGAGGCGUUGGCAGGGCAUCUGCUGUUUGACCAUUCGGGGGCUCGCGCGAACGGGGCCGGCGACGAUUCUCUCUCCCAGCUUAAGGCGCAAAGCACUCUGGAACCGGAUGAGGAGAUCACACUUUUGGAGGUCUUGAAUGCAUGCGUUAAGCGCUCACUGGGCGCCUUGGCAGAGAAGAUUACCGGCACGAAAUCCAAGCUCACCAAAAAGCAGAAGGAAGAGCUGCAGGAAGAGCAAGAAGAAGCUGUCCGAAACUUGACGGAAAUCAUUCCCAAGCUGUUGAGGAAGUUUGGCGAUGAGUCGCGUACUGCUGGGGCUGUGUUGCGAUUGGAAGGCGUCCUCGCCCUUCCAGCGCUCCAGGGCCUACGCUAUGAAUCCGCAGCAAGUGCUUCGCUCUUGGAGGAUCUCCGCAAGCAAUUCAUGUCGCAUGGGACUGACGAGGUGCUCGCUCCGGCCACUGCAGCUAUCCUGCACGCUCAGUCGUACGGAGAGCUGGAUGACACAGCCACAGACAAGAUUACGACUCUGUGGGAAGACGUGGUGGGAAACCUGGCCGAAUUGCUCAACGUCAAGACCGUGACAGUCCGUGGAGCUGCGCAGCAGCAAGAACUGACAGCUCUGAGCAACAAUCUUCUACGCAUUUGCCGUCUCGCUCAGGUUUCCAACUGCAUCGCACCACUCGAGGAUACCAAUGUCGCUGCUAAAGAUGAUCCCACCGGGAAGGAAUAUAACGGCGCGAUUGACUUCAUCAUCGACCUCGUGCAACGUGCUACUCAUUCCAGUGGACCGUCACCCGACCCCGAGGAGGCGCAAUUGGAGGAUCUGGUCGCCGCCCGCGCUGCUGAAGCAGCUCUCUUCUACUUCCGAUGGAAACUGCUCUCAAUAAUGACCGCGAUCAAGACUGGCGCCAGCUCCGAACUCGGCGAUGAGAUGCUGGAGGCUCUUGCGGAACGUCGCGAUGCCUAUGCCGAGAACUUGGAGAAGGCACUUGACUCUAGACGUGCAAGUGAGCCGAUCUGUAGUUCUGUCAGCGGCUGUCUCCUCGAUCUCUAUACUUCGUCGGCAGUAUUGCGCACCGUGAAGGGACGGCCUGGGCUCAGCGACAGCUACACCGUGCUCAUCAUGGAUUUCGACGAGGACCGCCAGAAGUCGGUCAUGAAAGUGUUCGCUGCGGUGGAGAGGGAAUUUGCCAAGCUCACGGGCAAGAGACUGGAGGAGGCUGUUUCCGAGGACGCAGUGGAAGAGGAUGUGGAUGCCGACCCCAUCGAUGAUGAUCCCCUGUCAGACGAUGGAUCCGACGACGAGACACAGCCACCGACUCAAGCCACGCAGCAACAGCGCAAUGCCAAGGCCAUGAAGCCUGUCCUGGCCGAAGAGCGACUCUGCCAGCUGACGGCCAAGAUUGUCUACGCCAUGGCAUCGGGCGUCUUCGACGACCGUUCCCAUCGCAAGAGGCUCGAGCGCAACAAGAGUAAGCUGGGCCACAAUUUCAAGGAGGUCCUGAAUUAUCUGGAUGCACAGCAGCAGCAGAAGAAGCAGGUCAAGGGCAAGGGCAAGGCCAAGCCGCCGAAAGCCACGACUGCUCCUCCCGCUGCGAAGAAGACGACGACCACCACCACCAAGGCUUCGGCCAAGUCUAAUGCGAUUGUCGCGGACAGCGACCACGAAGAUGAGAUUGAAGAUGCAGAAGAGGAGGAAGAAGAAGAAGAAGAAGCUCGGCGACAGCGGGAGUUGUUGGAAGCCGGGGAAGGGCGAGCAUCUGAUGAGGACGAGGAGGAUGAAGCCAUGGCGGCGAAUGGUGCGCCUUCCGAACAGGAGGCGGCGGAGAGCGUCAUGGGGGAUUGAUUGAUUGAUUGAUUGAUUGAUUGAUUGAUUGAUUGAUUGAUUGAUUGAUUGAAAGAGCGGCGCGAGACAUGGAUGA